CACAGCUCGCUUCCAUAAGAUCAAUAUCAGCCAGCAAUCGAACCGUGGAAAAUGGUCAAGAAUUGCGAAUUGUGUGUAAGGUGGCCGGCAGGCCGCCACCCAAGGUGACAUGGUUUAAGGAUCAUCGAUCAAUAAAUCGAAAUCGUAAACUGUAUCAGUUUAUACACUACAAGAAGAGAUCUGAACUAAUAAUACGUUCAUUCAAUACCUCUGAUGCGGGUCGUUAUGAGUGUCGAGCAAAAAACAAGGUUAAUCGAAAUAUAGAACGCAGAACCAUUGUCAUCAAAGCGUAUCCAGUCGUCCAACGCUUUGAUCCAAAUCCCCGAGGUGCUGGCAACGCCUGUCCCGAUGAUGCCUCUGAGUUUUGUUUUAAUGGAGGAACCUGCAAGUUCUUCUCUGAAAUCAGUUCCUAUUCGUGCAUAUGUCCUGAAGGCUUCAUUGGUGAAAGAUGCGAUCGCAAGGAAGUCAACAAUCCCAAUUUCAUGUUGCAAUCUACCGCCAAAUACACACCUUUAAUUAUUUGAAAUGACUUCUUUUUUU